AAAAUGCAUUUUUAUAGAGAUGUUGGGAAAGGCUUGCUUGAAAUUACACGUGGGACUUUUUACUAGACAGGCGCUUUGACCAGCUAAGCAACAGGGCUCCCCCUCGUGUGGGGCUUUUAGAAUGUAGCAACCACUGACACACCGGGAAGGAUUAGGCCAUCAGGUGAGAAGGUGGCCGACCCUGACUGGCUGGAAGCAGACGCAUUCUAGUAGCUGAUUGGUCCACAGGUAGCGUGGAGCUUGUCACGUCCUCAGGCUCCCAGCAUUCAGUCGUAGCCUUUCGGACAGCUUGAAGCCUUCUGUGGAGAGCUCAAAGCCUUCUGUGGAGAACUCAAAGCUGUCCGUGGAGCCCCAGACAAGCCAAAGCCCACCUUCUCCUCGGUCUGAACUGUCUUGAAGAUGAGUAACAGUGGGUUUGGGAGCUAUGGCAGCAUUUCUGCUGCUGAUGGAGGGAGUGGAGGCAGUGGCCAACUGUGCGAGAGAGAUGCAGCUCCUGCUAUUAAGACCCAAAGACCUAAGGUCCGAAUUCAGGACGUUGUACCGUGUAAUGUGAACCAGCUUCUCAGCUCUACUGUGUUUGACACUGUGUUCAAGGUUAGGGGAAUUAUAGUUUCCCAGGUCUCCAUCGUAGGGGUAAUCAGAGGGUCAGAGAAGGCUUCAAAUCACAUUUGUUACAAAAUUGAUGAUAUGACCGCGAAACCAAUCGAGGCCCGACAGUGGUUUGGUAGAGAGAAAGUCAAGCAAGUGACUCCAUUGUCAGUCGGAGCAUAUGUCAAAGUGUUUGGUAUCCUCAAAUGUCCCACGGGAACAAAGAGCCUUGAGGUAUUGAAAAUUCAUGUCCUAGAGGACAUGAACGAGUUCACUGUGCAUAUUCUGGAAACAGUCAAUGCACACAUGAUGCUGGAUAAAGCCCGUCGUGAUACCACUGUAGAAAGUGUGCCUGUGUUUCCAUCAGAAGUGGAUGAUGCUGGGGAUAACGAUGAGAGUCACCGCAUUUUCAUCCGGGACGAAGUGCUGCGUUUGAUUCAUGAGUGUCCUCAACAGGAAGGGAAGAGCAUCCAUGAGCUCCAGGCUCAGCUCUGCGACCUUAGUCUCAAGGCCAUCAAGGAAGCGAUUGAAUAUCUGACCGUCGAGGGACACAUCUAUCCCACUGUGGAUCAGGAGCAUUUUAAGUCUGCUGACUGAGGCAGGGAAAACAUCCUUUCCUUUUCCAAAGAUCCUUGCAUCCAGCUGAGAGUAAUUUUGACCUGUUGACUUUUUAGGAAGUAGGACAAAAAAAAAAAAAAAAAAAAAAAUCUCAAGUGGCAUUCUUUGUCAACUCGCUGCUUUUCUAACUGCUUUGAACUCUUCAGAUUUUCUAUAUUUGAAGCUGAGAGAGAGAGAUGGUGAUGGAUAAAUUGACAACUCUGUAGGAUUUACUAGCAAGCUAAUGGAAACAUGAUGAUUUAGGGGGAAGAAAAACAACAGAAAAUGUAGAAAUGUAUUAUUUAAUUGUGUUGGAGCUUCU